AUGUAUUACUUUCGAGUUUCUGGUCAGUCUGCAGAGUGCUCAAGUGGUGUACACUCGUCAACCGCCACCACGGACAACAACUGCGUGACACCGUCAACUCCCCCCACCAGGCCUCAAAGGCACAGGGUGGGACGGGAAGACAAGUCUGCGUGGACGAGGACUGGCUGCCGACGGACGCUCUCUCGUUCACCGACCGCCGGACAACUCAUUCAGUCGACAGUCAGUUACCAUACAACGUCGAAUACACCAACUCUCGUCCGGACACUGAAGUUAAGCUCUCGACCACCACGAUAUGAACGGUUCAACAAAAAAACACGUGUUAUACAGUACUACCGUGAUACCAGAGUGUCAUACUACCACCGUCGGUAG